AUGUCAGAAUUAAGUCGUCAAUCAGCUUUUUCUUACCCUUCACCAGCUACCAAAAUACCAAGAAGUGAUAUAUCUCUUCGUGAGAUAUUGGAAAAUUAUCGUGACGAUAAUGAUCUAUUGAAACAAAUUCUCGCUGCAAAAGCCGAAGAAGAUAAGAGGCAUGCCGAAGAAGAAAAAUAUAAAGUGGAAACCGUUCGUUUGCAAUGUAAACAAGUGGAAUUAGAGAUGUUAAAAGAACAAAAGAAGCCUCAUACCAUUUUUACCGGAGUACCACGUAAGUGA